AUGCCAGAUGAUGUACUUCUUCAAUAUACUACUUUUAUGACAAAACGUGUUCAAGCCUAUAUCGAUACUACUACUAAGUAUAAAAUUUAUUUGGUUAAUAUUUUAACAACUAAAACGGAAUGUUUAACUAAAAAAUACGAUAAUGUUCAAUCUAAACUUAUUCAACUUUCACCAAAAGACCCUAAUAAAAUAAUUAUUACAAUCAAUAGCCCGGAUCCAACCGCUAACAGUCUUUACCAAAUCAACCGAAAAACUCAUGAUAUUACUCUAAUCGAAAAAAAUGAUCAAUCUUUUGAAGAAUAUUUUGUAGAUAAUUCAUUAAAGAUUAGAUGCGCUACUAAACUUGUUACUAAUUUAGAAGGAAAUGUUUUUAAGGAAAUUUAUAAGAAAGUGGAAAGCGAUCAUAAUUGGAAAUUUCUUAUUAGUUAUGAUAUCGAUAAUAUUAGAUCUUCAACCAUAAUUUCAAUAGAUAACGAUGGGGCAAUUUAUUUAGUUGACUCUCGUGAUAGUGAAUUCAAUGCUAUUUUUAAAUUAGAUAUAAACGGUAUACUUCAAUUAAUAGCAAAACCACCAAAUCAGAAAGCAGAUAUUAAUAAAAUUCUCUUUCAUCCCAAAACAAAAAAGCCUAUUGCAUAUUCUGUCACUUAUCUUAAAGAUAAAUGGUAUCAUAUUGAUGAAAAAAUUUCUUAUGAUUUGGAUAUUUUAAGGAAAUUUAAUGAAGGUGAACUCGACAUUCUUUCUCAAUCAUUGGAUAAUUUAAUUUGGACUGUAUCUUUUCAAAGUGGUGAACAACCUCCAAAGUAUUAUCUUUAUAAUCGAAACGCAGUAAGGUGGGCAAUUCGUGAAGGAAUUGCUAUCAAAGACAAGGUCGCAAUUUAUGGAGGAAGUUAUGGCGGAUUUGCUACAUUAGCUGGGCUUGCCUUUACUGAUGAGAAAGAAGAAAAUUUUGGUUUUGCAUGUGGUGUUGAAUUUUCCGGACCUGCAAAUCUUGGUAAAUCUAUAAGUGGUAAUCCAGAUACAAAGGAAGGAAAGGAAUUCUUAAAAUCUUGUAGCCCAUCAAAAUAUGCUAACAAUAUUAAAAAACCUUUAUUAAUCGCUCAAGUUGUAUAUGUUUUAUAUCGUGAUGAAGGUCACGGAUUUGUCAAGCCUGAAAAUUUACUUUCAUUUGUUGCUCUUAAAGAAUAUUUUUUAUCAAAAUAUUUAGGUGGUAGAUGUGAAAAGUUUAACAAAAAUGAUUUUAAAAAUUUAAAACUUGAAGUUUUAUAUGGCAAGAAAUUAUUGGGUUUAGAUUAG